AUGAGGCAUUACGCCCCACCCCCAGUGCAUUCAAGCACCGGCGCAUACGCCAACUAUGCAUCUCCAGCUAGAUCACGGGGAGUUUUCGGUUUGCUUUUCGAUCCUAUAGAUAAUGAUCCGCGAUCUAUCAGAUCUGCCGAGCUUAAACAUCGCGGACACUGGCACGCGGCCCGAGCCGUUGAUAACGAGCUCUUCCAAGAGCGUUCACGAACACUUGGACCUGACCAUGUCAACACCAUAGCUGUGGGUUAUAGCAUGACUGAGGCGGAGUUGGAAGACGGUUUCUUGGAGAAGGCGGUUGAAUGGGGUGAGUGGACGUUGGCAACCGCGCGUCGAGUGCUAGGAAGUCAACAUCCACUGGCAAUGAGGACAGAGAGCCUCAUGACACACGUUCUUUACCAUACUGGAGAUUAUGCGGGAUCUGAGAUUGCCUGCGCCAAUGUUCUCGCUCGGCAGCAAAUAGCUCUCGGUGACAAUCAUAUUGACACCGCGAUGACUCGACUCCGGCUUGCUUGGGUCUACCACGAACUUGAUCGCUAUACCGACACUAUGCAUACUUUAGAUCGGGUUAAGGAAAUCAUGACCCGCUUACUUGGUGGCCUCCAUAUCAGGGUCAUCCAGGUGGCUCUCGACAUUAAUAAUUACGGCAUUUCUAAUAGUGCUAUUCGAACUACGAGUACUAUUCAAGGGGCAUUACAAAGAAUACAAGUAUUUCAUCAAGCGCUUAAUACUGCUGUUGGUCCAGCUCAUCCUCUCACACUACGUGCCCAAAAUAUUCAGGCCAAUGCGCUAUUUCACUUGGAUCGACGGCUGGAAGCUUUUGAGGUGUUUCGUCGGGCUCUCGUGGUAUCAGAAGACGCAUUUGGGUCAGAUGGUAUGUCCACAAUGGAUGUGAUUUCGAAUAUGGGUCUGCUUUAUAGUCUGGAUUCUUCCAGAGCAUCCGAGGCAAUUCCACCAUUGUCUCGUUAUCUGACAUGGGCCGAGGCUCGCAAGGGCGUUACUAGCGAGACAAAAACUAUUUGUGAAUUGCUGGGGAACCUACACUUUCUCGUGAAGGAGUAUACGCCUGCUCAGGCUUACUAUGAGCGCGGUGUGACUUGGAUUCAAGGCGAAAUGACGAGCAAGGCACAAGAGAGUCGUAUUCGCCUCCAAAAACGCAUUGAAAGCUGUCGAAUACUAAGAGGUCAAGGCGUAAUCUCGACACUCACCCCUACACUAGAAUCAGGCUCAGUGCCAGGAUCAAACUCGUCGUCGGGAACGGGAUCUCUCAUGUCGUCCUUUUUACAGCACACGACUGAUUCUUUGGUCAACAACAGUAUCGGCAAUGGGGGUGGUGGUGGUAACAGUGGUAAUAAUGGAAACAGUGGUAACAAUUUCACACCGAAUGCCUCUUAUUCACCUGAUUCUUCUGGCGGUCUUGGAUCCGUUGUUUCUCCUACUUUCCAAAUUGAUCCUACUGGUGGUCUCGGAUCCAUUGUUUCUCCUACUUUCCAAACUGAUCCUACUGGUGGUCUCGGAUCCAUUUUUUCUCCUACUUUCCAAAUUGAUCCUACUGGCGGUCUUGGAUCCAUCGGUUCUCCUACUUUCCAAGUUGACCCUGUUUUCCAAGUCGAUACAGGAACUCUUGUGGGUAACUUUUCCCCUCCAACUGAUCCUGGAACUCUAGAAAAUAUCGCUUCUUCAGUGGAUCCUGGGACAAUUGGAAAUAUGGUUUCUGCGAUUGAUCCCGGAGUUAUAACCAGUUUUUUGACUGGCUUCAUCUCUUGA